UUGUGCCUUUGAUUGCAUCCAGUCCCUUUGUAUUGACGUCCCCUGCCCCACAUUCUAACACAAUGAUCUCGUUAAUCUUCGUACUCCUCGUAGCCGUUUCAUACUCAACAACGCAGGCGCAAUCUACCGCUCCGAUCCCAAUCAUUCGCUAUGAAUCCGACGGUCCUAAUCCUGAUGGAUCCUAUAAAUGGCUUUAUGAGACAGGCAAUGAAAUCAAUGCCGAAGAGUCGGGUUACGUGAAAAACUUCGGGCAAGGCGAAGGCAAGGAGAUACAAACUGCGGAAGGCAAGUUCAGUUACAAAGCUCCCGACGGCUCGCUCAUCGCACUCACGUACAUCGCGGACGAAAACGGAUUCCAACCACAGGGAGACCAUCUGCCUACACCUCCACCAAUCCCAGAAGCUAUCGCCAAAGCAUUGGAAUACCUGAAGACUCUGCCCCCAGGAGCCAAUGAAGGGGCUUCAUCGAACAUCAAGCCACAAUUCCAAGCGGCGCCCUUCAAGGCAAGACCGAGACUUUUCUAAUAUUCUACAACCCCGCAUCUAAUGUAUACGAGACAGCGUAACAUUUACAAAUGAACGACGCUUUGCACAUAAAUCUUGUGUAAAUAUAGAAAAUAUAUUAUAAAGAUAAAAGUUCAGAAGUAUUAAUAAAUAAUCAUCAAUUACGUAAAUUAAGUCUGUUAUUGAAUUGUUUGGCUGAAAGGUUAGAAUUUGAUUUGUAAAUUCUGUUGCAUUCUGUCUAAAGUUAUGCUGGUGAUGUUUGAUUUCAUACAUUUUAUUAAAAAGAUGAUUGCUCAACAUAAACUGAAAACUUUGAUAUUAUUUGUCAUUUGUGUAUGUAAGUUAGAUUAUAGUAAGUUAGAAUUGAAUUAUUUUUAAACAGUAAUGAUUAAAAUAAAUAAGAAAUUUGAAAGCGUACCAAUAUUUUGCACUAGAAAACUCAAAGUUUAAAUAUUAUUAAAAGUUAAGAUAGCUUUAAGAAAAUUAUCUUAGCCGUUAAAAGUCAUGCUAUAUUUUAAGAGUAAAUGCAAUGUAAUUAAUUUCAAUAAAGUUAUUGAAAGUA